AACCGGAUACUGUUGUGAACUGUCAACGCCGUUUUGUCAAUCACUGUCAGCUUCUCUCUUUCCGGUGUCGAUCGUCCACUAGCCAGCACACAGCUUUGUGAGCGCUGGUAAAUUUAAUUCGAUUUCAAAAUGGGAAGACGUCCCGCAAGAUGUUAUCGCUACUGUAAGAACAAACCGUACCCGAAGUCGCGGUUCUGUCGGGGUGUUCCCGACCCAAAGAUCCGCAUCUUCGAUCUUGGUCGCAAGAAGGCUAUGGUGGAGGACUUCCCGCUCUGUGUCCACCUGGUGUCCGACGAGUACGAGCAGCUGAGCUCGGAAGCGCUGGAAGCAGGUCGUAUCUGCUGCAACAAGUACCUGGUCAAGUUCUGCGGCAAGGACCAGUUCCACAUCCGUAUGCGGCUGCAUCCGUUCCACGUGAUUCGGAUCAAUAAGAUGUUGUCGUGUGCCGGAGCCGAUAGGCUUCAGACGGGAAUGCGUGGUGCCUUCGGUAAGCCGCAGGGAACCGUAGCCCGGGUGCGCAUCGGGCAGCCAAUCAUGUCGGUUCGUUCCAGCGACCGCUUCAAGGCUCAGGUCGUAGAGGCGCUGCGUCGUGCCAAGUUCAAGUUCCCCGGUCGUCAAAAGAUCUUCAUCUCCAAAAAGUGGGGAUUCACCAAGUACGACCGGGACGAAUAUCAGAAGCACUUGGAAGAAGGCCGUCUGGUGAACGACGGUUGUGGUGUCCAGUUCCGCAACGAUCAUGGCACGUUGGCCAAGUGGGAACAUCAUCAGUUGUCGCGCCUGAGCUAAACGUGGCGAGAAAACGAUUGUCUUUUCUCUUUAUGGUGUAAAUUAACAUAAGCCCAUUGAAAUAGAUUACUUGUUUUAAUGGCAAA